AUGGCUCGCGGCAUUGAGUCGCUACUUCAGAACCAGCACAACAAGAGUGAGAGGCCAGAGACAGUGAAGCCGGGGAUUUCUGAGCUACCACAACUUCCGGCUUACACCCCGACGACUGGAAGCAUAGAUCUUCUGAACUGGCUUACGCGCAUCACCCCGAUCAUGGAGGACCUUAGCGACACCUCUAGCCAUUGGUGGACGAUGACUCUGAAGGACGUUUCUGAGUGGUAUGCACGUUUCUCUGUUUCCACUCCUUUGGAGAAGGUCCGUUUGAGGCCUGUGGUGUCAACAAUGGGAAAACCUGAAUGGAGCAGGGUGGAGCGAAGGGCAACGGCGAUGGUUCUGGGCGCUAUUCCAGCCCAGGUGAAGGAGGAGGCCAUAGCAACGGGUGAUGUGCAUACCGUGGGCCUCUUGUGCAAGUUGUUUGCCACCUAUCAGCCGGGCAACCGGCAGGAGAAAACCUUAGUAUUGACGAGCCUGGAACAUCCUCAGGAGUGUGAGACGGCUUUGGAGGCGGUGGAUGCCCUGAGGAAGUGGUCUCUCUGGCGAAGACGGGCCCAGGCGAUUGGAAUUGCGGAGCCGGAUCCUUCGGUCUUGUUGCAGGGCUUGGAUAGGAUCACAGCUGUGGUGGUAAGGGCGAAAGAGCUCGUCGAUGCCUGGCCUGUGGAUCAACCACCCAUAAAGUUCGAGAGUGUCGGGCACCUGGCGGAGGUGAUCGUGAAGGUCAUGAAGUUGUGGGAUGAGAUCAAGAACAUGGGGGUGAUAAAGCCUACCCUGAGGACCUUGUUUGGAGGUGAUGGCCAGUGGAUUUCCCCAACGCAGUCACCGAGGGCAGCGCUAAUGGAUUCUGGAGCCACACAUGCUUUACGACCCCCUCUGGACCAGAUGGAAUGGGAGCAGGCAUCACAGGUGAAUGUGGCCCUGGCUGGCGAUGCCCGCACAGUCAUGAAGCAGAAUCGUCAAGGCACCCUCCUAAGUGGUGAUGAGGUCACCCAGAUGAUCGUUCCAAUGGGAAAGGUGAUCUCGAGACUUGGUUACAGACUUCAUUGGACACCAUCAUGCUGUGAACUGUUGGAUGAUGAUGGGGGAAGUAUACCACUCAAAGUUGUGGAUGGAUGCCCGGAGGUUGAUCCAGCGACUGCCCACAUCCUGAUCUCCAAGCUCGAGGCUUCGCAACUCCCAUCACUGAAGGAGGCCACGAUGGAAUCACUGAAUGUCCUCAACCAGGUGACGACAAGUUGGUGGGCAUGUCUUUGUGAGUAUGUGAGCACUGGGGAGAUCAUGGCGGGGCGUGAGGCUCUUUCAAAGGCUCCAUUCUUCCGAGAUGCCGAGGAACUGCAGGUGGAGCUCUUGAUUCGACACCCAAGGGAAAGCGCCUGGGAUUGCAUGAAGGAGAUUGCUCUGAAUCGUCGUACCCGGAAGAGGCUACUCCGUGCGGCGACAUGGGUGGUUCGGUGGGAUCCACCGGGAUAUUAUCGUCCGAGCGAUGCCCUGAUUCAGCUGGGGCGUUUGACUGAUGUGGUCUAUGUGAAUGUGGGUUCCAUGAUGAACAUGGGGGAUUUUACCAAGGUGUGGAAAGUCUUGGUUUGGGCAGCAAUCAAUGGUCGCAUUGGGGCGCUCCUUUCACAUGAUGUUGCCGCUACCCCCGCCGAGUUUGCUGUGUAUAAGAAGCAUCGCAACCGCUUUCAGUUCCUGCAUGCUUUGGCGGCUGCUGGUCAAGCGCAAAGGGGUGGUUGCAUACCCAAGUUUCUGGUGGAACGGAGGAAAUUCAGGACGGCCGAUGAUCCUGGAAUUGCUUGGGUGGAUGAUGGUCAUGCACAGCUGUGCUUGGAUGAAAUGGGAAUCCACAACCCCAUGGUCGCGGAGGAUGAAAUCAUGGAAGUGGUGAGUGGUCUGUUUGGUGUGUUCCGCACCGAUGGAAGUGGUCGUAUCAAGCUAUCCCGGAUGUCGGCCGAUGCUGCUUGGCGACUUCAUGUCAUGAGGAACCACCAGCCGUUCAGGAGGGACUGUGCCAUUUGCGUGAGAAAUGCAGCUACGGGAAGGAGGCAUAGAAGUACACUCCACCCGUCAGGGUAUGUCCUGAGUGUGGAUGUUGCUGGACCUCUUCGUGGACAUGGGCGAUCUCCUGACGGAAAGUUCUUCAAGUACUUUGUCAUCGGUGCUUUCAGGAUUCCUAAAGCGGAUGGAGUAGAAGUUCACCGUGAAGUCCGAGGCCACCCCAUACCUGAUGAUUGGAAUGAAGAGGAACCCGAAGAAACGCUAUCGGAUGACGAGGUCGAGGUUCCAGAGGAAGAGGAGGAGGUGGAGUUGCCUCCAGUGGGGGAGGAAAGACGUGCCAAAGAAGAAUGGGAAAAGCUUAAAGCCACCUUCAAGGAGCCCCUGGAGACCGAGACCCUGUACUACUGCGUGCCAGUACGAAACAAGAAGGCUGCCACUAUGUUGCCUGCAAUUCAGCAGAUGGUGGUGGAUAUCAAGGCGUUGGGAUACCCGGUAGUGAGAGUUCAUGCAGAUCGAGGAGGAGAAUUUCGUGGCAACUUGGUGAGGAAGUGGAUCCUGUCACAAGGAAUGUUGCCAACUACCUCCACGGGUUCGGAACCGGCCGAGAAUGGAGUGGCUGAAGCAGGAGUUCGUUUUCUGAAAAGGCGAUCUCGAGCGAGAAUAUUGCUUGAUGCUGCAGGGCUUCCACGCGAACAUUGGCCUACAGCAAUCCAAACGGCGGCUGCCCAACAGCGGUGUGAGAGGCUGGGUUUGGUGCCCCCCAUGCCGGUGGCGUAUGGAGCGAAGGUGUAUGUGAAGAUCAAGAAGUACAAAACGGGCGACAUCGAGGACUUGGGUCCGCAUUGGCUUCAAGGAAAGUAUCAGGGGCCAGCCACUGAUAUCAGGGGUGGUCAUGUGAUCUUGAAGUCGACGGGCACCUUCAUUCAAACCACUCAUGUGAGGGUGGCCAGGGAUCCGCCUCCUUUGGAUACAGUGGCACCGACUAUCUUGGUGGAGCCGGAGUCACCGCCGCCAAUGCCGCCGCCUCCAACAGCGCCGGGUUCGACAACUACAUGUGUGGGUGGAACAGAGGAGCUUCCACCAUAUCCCAAAGGCCCACCUAUAUCCUAUGCACCGCCGAUGACGAGGGCUACAACAAAAACCCCUGGGGUGAGACUGAGGACAAUGAAGGUGGAUGAGUGGGGAAGCAACGAGCCGGAUGAACUUGAUGCACUACAAGCACGUUCAGCAGGAAGUGAAGAAAGAGAAGAAGAUGCGCCUCAAAUGUGUGGUUUGCAGCCACAUCAGACAUCGGAGGUGGAAAUGAUAGCGAGAAGAUUGUGUGAAAAAGGAAGGUACGACAGGAAGGGCUGCGUGGAGAUUUUGGAGGAGCUCGACAAGGUGAAGUGCAACCUACGAACUCCCCGGGCCAUUGAAGGUCAAGGGAUACUGAUGGGGGCCUAUGUUCAGGGGCCUUUCCAUGGCAUCACCAUGAAUGCGAAGGCACUUCCUUGGACAACAAGGUAUCUGAAUGCCUAUCUCCUCCAGCAGCUCGAGAAGUCGUAUCCAGGUCGUAGGCCCACAUGGAGCACAAUCGUUCUCCACCACGUCAAUGAGGCCAAGGUGCACAAGGACGUCCACAAUGAGAAAGGAACCACCAACUACAUCAUGGAACUGCCCAUGGAAAUGAAGUCCGGAUUGUGGUUGGAGGAGGGAAAAGAAUGUGCAUCAACACUUGCACGAGGUGAACAACAGCUGUAUGAACUUCGUGACGGUUCCCAGACUUCAGCUGAAGGAAGAUUGGUGGAUGUUUCAAGGCACCCGGCAGGGUUCGAUCCAAAAAGAAGACAUGCGUGGGUGAAGGAUGAUGGAAGGAAAUGGAUCCUUUCUGCCUACACACCUUCUGGGUUGCAUCGCUUGGCGCGGGGCGACUUGGGGUUCUUGCGUGAUCAUGGUUUUCCUCUCAAAGAUCCUCAAGCAUCUGAAAGCUUUGGGUGCAGCACGAUGAAAACGCUUUCGGUGAGCGAGACAUUGGAAACCACACCUUUGUCUGAGGCGUCCUCUUCUGGUCCGGAGUGCAUGGCUCAGAGCGGAGCUCGAGUCGUAGGGGAAGAGGAGGAGGAGGCCUCUGCCAUCUGGGAGGAUGUGGAGUACGUCGGGGAUUGGGAAGUGUUCGUCGAUGAAGAGGCGGAGCACGAAAAUGAUUCCGAGAUUGGUCUCCCUGAUCCUCCGCUACUACGUCGUGUAUGUGGAUCUGACGACCCUGGAGGAGAACUCGAAUAUCUUCGCCGGUGCUACAUGAAUCAUUUGGAGUGGGACGAGGUGCCAGACGAAGUGGGCGAAGAUAUGGCUUCCCGAAUGGAGACUUGGUGGUCGCAGGAAAGGGACCCAAGAUUGGCGAAGAUCGAGCCAGAGUACACGCCGAACAUCGAAGACCUUAUCCGGAACCUUCAGGAGCCCUUGCGACACACCCACAAUGUGAGUCCAGCGGAAGUGAGAUUGAAUCCUGAGAAAUGGCUGGCUUCAAUACGAAAGGAGCUACAUGUGGUGGAGAAGGGAUUUCGGCGAUUGGGUCCUGAUGAGGCGAAGAAGUAUGAGGGUGACCCCAACGUGCAGAAGCUGCCAGCAAAAAUGGUCUACACCCUCAAGCCACCUGCGGUGGAGAACCAGGAGGCCGAUGGUGAGGAGAAGUGGUGCAAAAGGAAGUCCCGUAUCGUAUGCUGCGGGAAUUUUGCUGAUGAUUCUCCUCAGGAUGUCUUUGCUUCCGGGGCAGCUGCAGAAAGCAUGAGAUGCACUUUGGUGUACUCGAUGUACCGCAAAUGGAUCACUGGGUCCCUGGAUAUAACAGGAGCGUUUAUGCUCACCCCGAUGCCCACUGGUCCUGAUCAGGUGCGUUACUUGAUCACACCGCCGGCGAUCUUGGUGCAACUUGGUUUGGUGCAACCUGGAGAAAAAUGGCUGCUGACACAUGGGAUGUAUGGUUUACGGCAAUCGCCAAAGCUAUGGGCCACCUAUCGCGAUAAGACGAUGAAGGACAUGGUCUUCGAGAGUGAGGAUCGACAAUGGCGGCUUCACCAAGGUACUGCCGAACCAAACAUCUGGUUUAUCUAUGAAGCUGGGAGUUCCAUUUUGGAUCCACCGGAUGGCACAAUUCUGGUCUAUGUGGAUGAUUUGUUGAUUUGUGCUCCUCUUGCCUUGUUAGCUGCGACGGCUUCAAAAAUUGGAUCGGUGUGGAAGACGUCACCAUUGGAGGUGAUGACCCGGGACAGAGGCAUUCGUUUUCUGGGAUGUGAGAUUGAGCUUGCUGGGGAUGGACAUGGCCUUUAUCUCCAUCAGCGCCCGUAUGUGAUGGAACUGUUGAGGUCUCAUGGAAUCCCGGAGCACCACAAGUCGCCGAUUCCUUGUUCCAGGGAGCUGUUGACGUUUGCUGCUGAGGAAGGUGAAGAUCCUGGCACGGAAAGCGAGCUACGACAAGCACAACGACUGUGUGGCGAACUGUUGUGGAUAGCACAGAGGAGCAGGCCAGACAUUUCGUUUUCGGUUGCAGCAAUGGGCUCUUUGCUUACAAAGGCAGCACCACGAUGCAUUGUCAUUGGAAAAAAGCUUCUGGCAUAUUUGCAGGCCACGAAGAACUAUGCCUUGAGCAUCCAAGACACUGGCCCUGGUUUAACGGCUUGGAGCGACUCGUCCUUCGCUCCGACCGGGGAACGAAGCCACAGCGGCAUUGUCAUCACUUGGCGAGGGACCGUCGUUGGUUGGCGAUCUUCUCGUCAGCCAUUCGUAUGCCUCAGCACCGCUGAGUGUGAGUUGAUGGCGUCAAUAGAAGCCUUGGUGAUGGCAAUGUCAAUGCAAGCGGUCACAAGCCAAUUUGAAAAGGAGGAUUCGAAGAUUGGCCUGAAGGUGGACAACAAAGCUGCCAUCGUGUUGGCCAGUCCGGCAUCCAGCGCAAGCUGGAGAACCCGACACCUUCGGGCGCGUGCUUCGUAUUUGAAGGAGAAGAUCGAAGCGGACCAAGUGGCGCUGGAAUUUGUCCCUGGUAAGCUGCAAUUGGCAGACUUAUUAACUAAAGGCUUUCCAAGACAGAGGUUACAGGAACUUGUGGGCCUGUGGGGUAUAGUUGAUAGGGUCGUGCGAACUGCUGAGACCUCAUUGGCGAGGAUGGUUGUUUUGAUGAUGAUGGUACAGACCUGCCGUGCAAAGCAGGUGAAGGAGCCAACUCCUUUGGACACGUCUCUGGAGCUGUAUAUUGUGGCGGCAUUGGCUGGAGUAGCUUUGGUGGCUGCUUGGGAAGGCCUAUGGUGGAUUUGGUAUCGACUGUUCGAUCGUCACGACAGCUCGCGACAGGCUAGGAGACUACGUCGACUACAACAGGCUGUAGAAAUGGAGUUGCACCAUCAAAUGAACAAUCGCGUUCGUGAAGAACGACCUGACGAACCCACUUGCCGGACGAUUGGCGUGCAGGCUGAUUUGGCAAUGGUUCGUUUGAUGCCACAGGAGCCCAUGACUCGAAUCGAAAUCAGGGAAGUCGAGGUCCCUGUGCCUGGAGUCCCCAGCGGCCCCUUCUACCUCACGGAUGGUGGCCAGUCCUUUGAGAGCCUCAGGGAAAGGGUCCGAGUUGCCCUUGCAGCGACUAGCGAGGUCAUGUGCCAACACCGAGCCCGCCCGCUGAAUCCUAGACCAUCCUUGGGCUUGACUUCCCAGAAGACACCGCCACGCAAGCGCAAAAUCGAGCCGGAAACGGCAGGCGAGGAAGAACAGAGGAUUGCUCGGCCGCAUGCUCAGCCAUUCCUGGGCGCAUCCGAACAAGAUUCGCCGAAGAAGUUCCUGGACGCAGCCGAGCAAGCACAGACGGACGAUGAGGAUGCUCGUGCCAGGUCCCUGUAUGAGUCAGCCCUGGUGGAGAUGCGAAAUCGCUCAGAUGGCGAGCUCGACCGGCUCCUGCACGGCAGUGCCCGUCCGCCAGCGGAGAAUUCCGAAGCACAAGUGGAGGAAAGGCUGCGUGUCCAGGCUGAAGCCGAGCAGCGCCGCGACGAGGCCCUGCGACAGCGUCUAUCUGAGGAGGAGGCGCUGGCCGAGGCAGAGCUGACCAGGCAACGCAUCGAGGAGGAGCGGGCCACUCUUCGAGCAGCACUCGCAGAGGCGAAGGCAGAAGCGGUGGCUGCUGAGGACUACCUGCGUGCCAAGGAGUUACAGCGUCAGCUAGAGCGUCUGAACCAGGAGCUGUGA